ACAUUUAUAUACAUCUCUCUCUCUUUCUUAACCUAUAAGCGAUUCUUCUUCAUCGGCAAAGCAGAAACGUUGAAUCGGUCACAUUCAAUAGGACCCAGAGACAUGUCGAAGAAUAUGACUCUCCUCCUUUCUUCUGUUUUAUUAAUUAUGACUAUGAGCCUCUCCUUCACCUAUGGUGAUGCCAUUUCUGUAAUACCAAGCAACGCCACUUAUUCUCCUACUUUCGCCUGGGGCUACGUUUUCAUUAUCGACCACCCAUUUAGGCAGCAAAAUCAACAGCUUGAGCAUUGGACUGGAGAGUCUGACUUUUUCGUCCGGUAUGGAAACCGAACCCUCCAUCAUUUUAAUCACCGGAACGGUGAUAAACUUUCAUUCAUGAAAGAGGUGGGAGUGGGAGAGAUCUCAGAGUUUGAUGGCAAAUUUGUUGCGAACAUCCCAAUAAUUACAGAAGCAGCAGCUGAAGUUUCAAUAAUGAAAAAUGGGUUGAAGUUGAAAUGGCCAUCUAGCCCAUCCAGUGCUUUAUGUCAAUCAUGUGAGAACUCUGGGGGAACAUGCACAACUGAUCGUUCUAAUAAUUUCGCUUGCCGUUGUCAUGGCGUACUUCGUCCACAUAAUUGUCAUAAUUAGCAUCUUGCUUGGAGAUUAUUAGAGGCUAAUAGUAAUGGUAUCUACUUCUGCACCUGCAAGUAAUAAUAAGAUGCUUUUCAAACAUUUCUAUAAGCUAGAAUAAAGUCUCAAUAUUUGUUGGGAAUAGUAGUAUUGUGAUGUAUAUAUAUAGCAGGUUUUUCCUAUUUUCAGGAUCAGUGAUAAGGGUUGUGUACUCUUCAAGGUU